AUGAGGCCUUCAGCUGCAAACUCCACCACCGCGGCUACUGGUCACGAUGCCAUAUUCAGAAACUGGAAUUCUCCGAUGCCAUACCUCUUUGGAGGCCUAGCACUCAUGUUGGGGCUCGUUGCGGCAGCGUUGCUGAUUCUUGCUUGCUCCUUACACAACAGCUCAAGCAGCAGCAGUAGUGAUCAAGAUCAGAAACCAACUAGACCAGUGGACAUAGAGGCUGGAGAUUCUGAACCCAAAAUUCUUGUCAUAAUGGCUGGAGAGAAAACACCAACAUACUUGGCAAACCCCAUCACAUGUUCUACUACUCUCUCUCAUGCACCAACUGAUCAUCAAAACGUCUGA